UUACUCGAGCUUCCCACUGAAGUCAGGAAUCAGAUCUGGGGCCUCGUAUUUCGGAGUCAGGUCGUGGUGCCCCAUUCAACAAAACCUACUGUUAGACAAGGCGGUUGUUUGGCGUGUCUUAAGGAGGAUCGCGUCAAUCCAAUACCGUGGUCAAUAGCGUUUCGUCCGCUUCUGACCUGUCGACAAAUAUACGACGAGGCAGCGCACAUCUUGUAUGCCUCCUUUCAUGUCCACUUGGGCAAGAACAUCUUUCAUAUGAACAGCCUCAGAGCGCCAUUCCCCACUAUCAACAGUAAAGUUCCUUCAAUUGUUGUAUGGGUCCACAUAGGCGAAGAAAAUCGAGUGCACUGGACUGAGGGUCUGAAGUUGCUAGGGGAUGCAUUUUCUAACCUGCAACACUUGACCAUAAACGCCCACAUGCGCCCGCCGGACUCCUACGAAAAGCUGAUCGAUGCGAUUUCCCUUGCGACUCCCAUAGUCAGGUACUCUCGAGACAAGCGAGAUAUCGAGGUGAAACUUCGCUUCGACUACACUUACGAGGAUGUCAUGUUCGAUAGCCCGUACCUGGGUGAAAUUCGGACUACAGAUGCCCUGGAGGAGCACGAACUGGUGUUGCGUGAUCUGAUUGAGGAUGACGCGUUUAUUGAAGCGGCUCUCGGCGAGGAUGAGGACGAACAG